CACAACUAGCGAUAAGCGUUCUUUCCAUUUUCAUACUCAUUCCACUCAUUUUCUUUCUGCUUCGUCGUUCACUUCAGAAUCCAAAAACAGUCUAAAAAAGAAUAAUAAUAAACAGCGAAGUUACCAAGAUUCUGUUGAGAAGAAGAGCAAUGCCGUCCAACGAUUCCGAUUCGCCGAUGAAGAUCGUACAUGGCGACGCUGGUUACAUACUCGAAGACGUUCCUCACUUCACCGACUACAUUCCAAAUCUUCCUACGUAUCCGAAUCCGCUUCGAUCCAAUCCUGCUUACUCGGUUGUUAAGCAGUAUUUCGUGCACAUGGACGACACUGUUCCUCAGAAGGUUGUUGUUCACAAGGAUAGUCCAAGAGGUAUACAUUUUCGACGUGCAGGGCCUCGGCAAAAGGUAUACUUUAAAUCGGAUGAAGUGCAUGCAUGCAUUGUCACGUGUGGUGGACUCUGCCCUGGCCUCAACACUGUCAUAAGGGAAAUUGUCUGUGGUCUUUCCUACAUGUACGGUGUUAACAAAGUCCUUGGCAUAGAUGGUGGUUAUAGAGGCUUUUAUUCCAAAAACACCAUUACUUUAACACCUAAGGUGGUCAAUGACAUCCAUAAGCGUGGGGGUACAAUUCUUGGGACAUCCCGAGGGGGGCAUGAUACUGGCAAGAUAGUUGACAGCAUCCAGGAUCGAGGAAUUAAUCAGGUUUAUAUUAUUGGAGGAGAUGGAACACAGAGAGGAGCGACUGUGAUUUACGAGGAAGUUAGACGGCGGGGUCUGAAAGUAGCAAUUGCUGGAAUUCCUAAAACCAUAGACAAUGACAUCCCGGUUAUUGACAAAUCUUUUGGUUUUGAUACUGCGGUUGAGGAGGCUCAACGUGCCAUUAAUGCAGCUCAUGUUGAAGCUGAAAGUAUUGAGAAUGGUAUUGGUGUUGUAAAGCUAAUGGGGCGUUAUAGUGGUUUUAUUGCAAUGUAUGCCACUCUUGCUAGCAGAGACGUGGACUGUUGCUUGAUUCCAGAGUCGCCCUUCUACCUUGAAGGAAAGGGUGGACUUUUUGAAUUUAUUCAGAAAAGGCUGAAAGAAAAUGGACAUAUGGUCAUAGUCAUAGCUGAGGGAGCAGGACAAGAUCUUCUUACAGAAAGCAUGCAAGCCAUGGAUCAGAAGGAUGCUUCUGGAAACAAACUACUUCAAGAUGUUGGUUUAUGGAUAUCUCAUAAGAUCAAGGAUCACUUUGCAAGGAAGGAUAAGAUUCCCAUCAAUCUUAAAUAUAUAGAUCCAACUUACAUGAUCCGGGCAAUCCAAAGCAAUGCAUCAGAUAAUGUCUACUGUACACUUCUUGCUCAGAGUGCAGUCCAUGGUGCAAUGGCAGGGUAUACUGGAUUUACAGUUGGACUGGUCAACGGCAGACAUACUUAUAUUCCAUUCAAUAGAAUCAAUGAGAGGCAGAACAAGGUUGUGAUUACUGACAGAAUGUGGGCAAGACUCCUUUCUUCAACCAACCAGCCUAGCUUUUUGAGCCCCAAAGAUUUAGAAGAAGCCAAGAAAGCAGAACAACCUCCGACUGAAUUGUUGGAAGGAAACAAUUGCAAUGAUGUUGGUGAUGCCGGGAAAGAAGAACAACCUCCCAAAGAUGAACAAGAAUCAGGAAAUCACGCAGACAAUGGUAUCAAGACAGAAAAUUAGAUUUAGACUUGUUCAUCUACAAGACUACAAUUGUAUUUGGUGACAUGUUUUAUCAUUUUGACUCAAGCCCUACAACCUUCAAAGCCUGGAGUGUUGGGAGCUGUUCUUUUUGUCCUUUUAAUGUUUUGCAAGUUGGUACGUCUUUCUUUAUAAAGACCUACCGUCUUGCGUGAUUGUUGUUGUACUCAGAAGAUUGUUGAAUGUUAACCUAGGUCAUAUUAAGAUUGGAACGGAAUUAUUUGACGUGCUUGAAGGUACUGUAUCUGGUUAUUGUUGUUCUGUGUUUUGGUAGUGACUUGAGUUUUUAUACGCAGUUUUGCUGGAACGAGGUAUAAAUAAACAAUUUUCUAGUAA